CUUCCAGCCGCCGCCACUCACUCUCCCUUGUUUCUCGGGAGCUUGUCCCAUCGCCGCUGAUUCCCUCCUUCAUCGGGAUCCCCAUCCCACCAACCACCACAGCCGAGCGCCUCCACCUUGCUUUUAGCGCCACCCAACCAGAUUGCAACCUCCUUCUCCUCUUGCCGAGCCACCACACCCGCAGCCUCGCUGCCGCGAGCCUCCUGUCCUGAUCGUGCAGGCCUCCUCGUUCCUCCAUCCCGCGCAGGAGCUCGCUCCCGAGCUCAGCUGCGUUCACGCCCGAUCACCGCGCUCCUGGAUCCUACCGACCCCGUGCACCAUGAGCUCCCUCACAUGGUGCCCUUGUGCACCGGGCUCUUCAACAACCCCUGCGUCGCCCACGUCAAGCCGCCGCCGUGCCAGUCGCCAAGCCACGCCGCCGGAGCACCAGGACUCUCCCGCACCUCGUCGCCGAUCGGAACCGUGCCUCCUCCGCCGUCCCCGCGCUGCACUCCACUGCUGCUUCCCCUGCGACCCGAGAGCGUUGCCUCCUCUGCUUCGAUGCAGGAGAACGACGGCCUCGCUCAUGCGCACCUCCAGCGCCAGCAGGGCUGCGCCGAUCCGCUGUCCCAAGGCCAAGCAGCCGGCUUGCCCUGCGCCUGCCUCCCCCAGAUCAGCGUUGAGCCGGCGCCCUUCGGUCCCCGCACUGCCGGCGAGCAUCAUCAGGCCCAGUGCACAGGAAGUGCUCCGCCGUCGUUGCUGUUCGCCGGAGCACCGGUGCCCCGAAUCCGCCGUGGCGCUGCCGUCCCGAGCUCCUCCCGUGCCCUUGCCUUGUCUGUGCAGUUGCGCCGCUGCCUACCUUCGACCCCACUACUCGAUCCCCUGCUUCAGGGACGAGACGAUGGACGCCUGCGCCGUGCGUUGACCUCGCCAGCAAGGCCCAGCGCCUGCGUCCAGCCGACCGGGCCAGGCCCAAUGUUCGGUUUUGUUCCGGAGUUGUGAGGAUUCGUUCGACUACGUCUGUUUGUC